AUGAAUGGGGACCUCAGUCUGUCGAGGGCCCUCGGAGGAUUACGAAUAGCCAAUCCAGAUGACGCCGAUGCUUCUCCAAGCAAUGCCCAAAAUGCCGACAUCCUCUCGCCGCCGACCGACCGCCAGACCGAUCAUCAAUCCGACGCCCGUUUAGCACCCCUCGAAGACCCGACCACACAACGGGCUACGACGCCUUACGGAUCAACUCCGACGUCAGACACUCUCCUGUCACCCGUAUCCCACACCCAAUCGCCCGAGGGGCCAUCUUCCGCCUACGAUGGCUCGUCCAGCCACAUCGAAUCCCACCGAACGAGUCCCAGCGCCGCGAUGCGAGCCGACGUCUAUCGCCAGCCCGUAUCACCAUAUUCGGACCUUGACAAAGCCGCUGGUAGUCGCUCCUCAGUGUCCCCGACGCCACGACCCAUCUCUGGACUCUACAACCAGCCCCCCGUGGUCCUUGAUGAUGGCCGGGCACCCCACCAAGCGCACCCUCAGGCCGACCGGUCACGGAAUUCGGUCUAUGGGAUGCUCGCGAGGCAAGAUUCGAACAAUGCUCCAGGUUACCCGGACGGCUCAACACCAACGAGGGAGCCCAGCCACAGGGGACGCUCUGCCAAUCCUGCUCGCCAGUCCCAGCUGCCAUCUGCCUCCGGUCCCCUACCCCCACGGAGGAGUUCCAAAGGCAUGGGUGGUGGCUAUGUCUCAGCAUCCGCAGCACCCCCAGGUCCGCGAGAUCCAUAUGGCCCUGAGAUGCCGCUGCCGAGCAGCAGUGAAGAGUGGAAGGAUCGUGGUGCCGCUGUCGGCGUGCGGAGAGAAACAGAUGCGAACGGCAAGACGGUCAUUCGGCACGUCAAGAAGGGAGUUAGAGACUUCAGCUUCGGCCGCGUGCUUGGGGAAGGCUCGUACAGUACGGUCUAUUUAGCCACUGACCGACAGACUCUCAAGGAGUACGCCAUCAAAGUCCUCGAGAAGAAGCACAUAAUCAAGGAGAAGAAAAUUAAGUACGUCAAUAUUGAGAAGAACACCCUCAACCGUCUGACUGAACACCCGGGCAUCGUACGCCUGUACUACACGUUCCAGGACGAGGCCUCGUUGUAUUACGUCCUCGAUCUUUGCAACGACGACAGCCGAGCUGCUUCGUUCGUGGGUACUGCCGAGUAUGUCAGCCCCGAGCUUUUGACUAGCAAAAACGCCUGCAAGGCGAGCGACCUUUGGGCAUUCGGCUGCAUAGUAUACCAGCUGCUAGCUGGUCGCCCGCCCUUCAAGGCCGCUACGGAAUAUCUCACGUUUCAAAAGAUUGUCAAUCUGGAGUACGACUUUCCCGCCGGCUUUCCGCCAGCGGCCCGGGACCUGGUUGAGCGAUGCCUGGUUUUGGAUCCGGCGCGUCGUCUCACGGUUGAACACAUUAAGAACCAUGAGUUCUUCGACGGGCAGCAAUUUGGCAAAGGCCUGUGGAGGACCAAAGCACCGCGGCUGCGGCCCUACAACCCAAUUCCUCAGGAACCGACUGUAAUCCAACUUAACGGCGUGGCCAACAGCCCCAAUCCUGUCGUUGCGCCUAGAAAUCCUCAGCCACAGAGCUCGGCUAUGAAUGGCAGCGCUCGACCGGCUAGGAUCAUUACGGAGCUACCGCCUCCGACUCAAUUGGAUAUUGAAUGGUCGCCAGUUUUGACAAAGAACAAUGAGAGGAUUCUCAAACUCGGCGACCUGAUGGUCGUUUCGAGUCCGCUGCCCAACGGUGGCCACGGCAAGGGCGGCGAGCAUGGCGAGGGGCACAAAAAGCUGUCGAGAUUCUUUGGUGGCAGCACAACGAAGAAGAGACAGAGGCUAGUCAUGGUGACGUCGAGCGGUCGCAUCCUAAUGGCGCCCGCCGGCGGAGAGGAAAAACGUGCCAAGCAGGAAAUAUCACUACUUGCACCCGACUGCUCGUGGAGAACUCAGCUUGACGUGAAGGGGCAGACGGUUUGGUGUGUCGAUGCGGUAAGUAUCCUGGACAAAAAAUCUCGCCGCUCAUCUAAAAUCCGACAGGGUGGCGUCCACUACACAUUUGAGGAACCCAAGGGCAGUUCCAACUCUUCAGAAAACGGCUCAACGGCCAACGACUGGAUAGAGUCUCUGGAAAGGGCCAAGGAGCUGGCCCUGUCCCAAAACCUUACUGGCUCCUACGCUGGCGACAACGGCUUCGACAUGUCAUCCGCAGUCUCGAGCCCGUCGAGCACCCUUGGCGGACGAGGGGCAUACCCCGACGGCUUCAGCGUCAGUGACCGGUCCGGUAGAAACCACCUCAGCAAAAGCCAGGCCAGCCUGGAGGAUCCGACCUCCAACACCAAGCGCAAUCGUUUCAGCAAGCGGCAGUCUAAAAACGGGCUCGGCCAACAAUUUUGA